GCAAGUUUUUAUAGAAUUGGUGCGUUGCCAUCGUCUAACUGCUGCUUCCCUUGAAGUCUUUCGAGAUUGUGCUCUCCAGGAUCUUUACUUGGGAGAAUAUGAUGGGGUGAAUGAUAGUUGGAUGGAUGUCAUUUCAUCACAAGGGUCGUCUCUACUUUCUGUGGAUCUUUCUGGUUCAGAUGUCACUGAUUAUGGGCUGACUUAUCUAAAAGAUUGCAAAAAUCUCCUAGCCCUGAAUCUUAAUCAUUGUGACCACAUUUCAGACUAUGGUCUUAAAUACAUCAGUGGUCUGACAAACUUAACUAGUCUGAGUUUUAGAAGAAACAAUUGGAUUUCUGCUCAAGGAAUGCGUAGCUUUUCUGGUCUUGUUAACUUGGUCAAGUUGGAUUUGGAGAGAUGUCCUGAGGUUCAUGGAGGCCUUGUUCAUCUCCAAGGCUUAAUCAAGUUGGAAUCUCUCAAUUUGAAGUGGUGUAAUUGCAUAACCGAUGCUGACAUGAAGCCUCUCUCAGAGCUUGCAAAUUUGAAAAGUCUUGAGCUUUCGUGCAGUAGAGUUACUGAUCUUGGCAUCAGUUUUCUAGAAGGUAUUGUGCCUUCCCUUUCUUAUGUGCAGGGGCAUAUCUUAGAACGCUAGAGGGUGUCAACAAGA